UCCCCGAUUUCCUGCCAGCGUCGCAUCCAUCCGUCCGGGACCCUAUAUGGACAUUUUCCCAGCACAUGCACAAACUCUGGUCCCUUCUUUGGCCCUGCAAUGUUUUCUCUUGUUAUGCCAUCCCUGAUUUGUACGAUCAGCACAGCGUAAAUGAAAAUGUUGGGCAGAAAUUAGUCCCAGUGCGACUUCCUUCCCUGUAAGACUCGCGAUCCUAAGCACACUGACUGGGCAGGCAGGUAAGAAGCUUCAACAAGAACAGAGCCGCAGCUAGACUUGUAAGGAAAAAGGUGCGCUUUCUCCCCUUCCGGGCAGGAUGAGGCGCAAGCUCUUAGACUGAAAAUGCAGAGACAGCCAGUGAGUGAGUGCGAAGUGGAGAAAAGCAUUUACUGUCCCAGGUUAAGAGCUGAGCGUACGUUUAGAGGGGGAUUGAAAAGCUGCUGUGCUGAGUAAAGCGACCCUGACGCCAGCCACCACGAGAGAAGGCAGGACUGAGAAACAAAAGAAGGGAGGGAAUGCCUGCGGGGGUCAGCAGGAGGGAGAGAGGCGACGAGGGGCUUCCUCGCGUAUGUGUGGAGAGGGGGAGCCAGCAGGCACUCAGCGGACAGCGAAUAGGCAGGAGAGGCCGAGCGGGAGAGCGCCGACUUGGGCUCCGUCCUCUUAUGCGGGCUGCUGCAGGCGCUUGAAGCUUUCUUGUAUGUGGGCUGACGGCGGCGGUAGCGGCCUCGCUGCCCUCCUCGCGCCCCUCCGAAGACGGGGGGGAAGGAGGGGGGGGAAGAGGAGGUGGAGGAAAUUGCAACGCCAGGAGCAGGGAGGAGGAGGAAACGGCGGCGGAGGCGACCGACGAGAAGGAAGCCUGGCGGAGGCGGAGCCGGCGCUCGAGCCCGGCCGGCCUGGACUCCACGCAGCACGGCCGCCGCCGCCGUUACUAGCAGCCGCAGCAGCAGCUCCCGUUUUUAGACUCUCCUUUCAGCUGGAGAGAGCAACAGCAUGCUGGAAGAAAAAGGGGAAGAGAUCUGAAAAACUCUCAGGAAAUGGGUCUUGGAAGUUAAAUGAGACUGGAUAAGGCACAUGAAUGAAGAAGCUCCUGCAUUUUAUACUCUAGGGGCAGAACUCCAGAAGAGUCGAACUGACAGAUUUUUGCUGUACUUUCAUAAUGAAGAAAAUUAGUCUCAAGACCAUUCGUAAGUCUUUUAAUUUGAAUAAGAGCAAAGAUGAAAGUGACUUUGUUGUAGUUGCACAGCCAUCAUUAAAUGAUUUUGGAAAAGAUGACUCCUUGUUUGGUAGCUGCUAUGGUAAAGAUUUGGCUAGCUGUGACAUCAAUAGCGAAGAUGAGAAAGGUGGCAAAAACAGAUCAAAGAGUGAAAGCUUAAUGGGUACGUUAAAAAGAAGACUUUCAGCAAAACAAAAGCAGAAAGGCGGCAAAGGUAGCACGCCAUCUGUUAGCUGUGCUGAUGAUGACACCUUUUCUUCUUCUUCUGCUCCAAUAACCUUCAAAGAUGUGAGAGCUCAAAGACCUCUUAGAUCCACAUCCCUCCGAAAUCACCAUUAUAGUCCAACUCCGUGGCCCCUUCGUCCUACAAACUCAGAAGAAACAUGUAUAAAAAUGGAAAUGAAAGUAAAGGCCUUGGUCCACUCCUCAAAUCCAAGCCCUGCACUGAAUGGUGUCCGCAAAGAUUUCCAUGAUUUGCAGUCCGACAAUGUGUUCCAGGAACAAAACAAUGCAUUAAAAAGUACAGAAUCUCAGAAUGGAGAUUUGCAUCUCCAUAUUGAUGAACAUGUGCCUGUAGUUAUUGGACUUGUGCCUCAGGACUACAUUCAGUAUACUGUGCCUUUAGAUGAGGGAAUGUAUCCUUUGGAAGGAUCACGUAAUUACUGUAUGGAUAGUUCAUCACCCAUGGAGGUUUCUACUGUUUCUUCUGAAAUGGGUGGUAGUGUAUUUCAUGAAGAAGAGGGUUCAGUGAGUCAAGAUGUAGUAGUUACUCCAGAUAUCUUUGUUGACCAGGCAGUGAGUGGUUUAUUAAUUGGUACCACAGGAGUCAUGUUGCAAAACCCAAGAGUUAAUCACAGUGAUGUUCCUCCACUCUCUCCAUUGCUACCUCCAAUACAGAAUAAUCAAAUCCAAAGGAACUUUAAUGGCCUAAAUGGCACAGAUGUCCAUGUGGCUGAAAGUAUGCGCUGCCAUUUGAAUUUUGAUCCUAACUCUGCACCUGGAGUUGGAAGAGUUUAUGAUUCUGUACAAAACAGUGGGCCUAUGGUUGUGACAAGCCUCACGGAAGAACUGAAAAAGCUUGCAAAACAAGGAUGGUACUGGGGCCCGAUUACACGAUGGGAAGCAGAAGGAAAACUGGCCAAUGUUCCUGAUGGUUCAUUUCUUGUACGAGACAGUUCUGAUGACCGUUAUCUUUUAAGUCUUAGUUUCCGUUCCCAUGGGAAAACUCUUCAUACUAGAAUUGAACAUUCAAAUGGUAGAUUUAGCUUUUAUGAACAACCAGAUGUGGAGGGACAUACUUCAAUAGUUGAUCUAAUUGAACACUCAAUCAGGGACUCUGAAAAUGGAGCAUUUUGCUAUUCAAGGUCACGAUUGCCUGGAUCUACAACUUAUCCAGUCAGACUGACCAAUCCAGUAUCUCGUUUUAUGCAGGUGCGCUCCUUGCAGUAUCUGUGUCGCUUUGUUAUACGCCAGUAUACCAGAAUAGAUCUGAUUCAGAAACUGCCUUUGCCGAACAAAAUGAAGGAUUAUUUACAAGAAAAGCACUACUGAAGGCUUAUGGGAACCUUGCAUCUUGCACUUUGGGAACAACAACAAAAUAAAAUAAGAGAGAUUGAAAUACCGUUUACAAACUUUAAUUGCUAUCAGUCUUUUGCUGCCAUAAUUUCAUUUUUGUGCAUAAAGAAGGGUAAUUCAUUUUUAUUUGUUUAAUGGGUGGUCUGGGUUUUACAUUUUAAAAUAAUGAUCUCAGCAUUUUUUUUAGAAGAAUGAUUAAGCUAUCUUUCAUUCAUUGUGCAAAAUAAUCACAAUGUGAAUGAUAAAAGUUUUCCUAAAACUCUGCAUCUCCUUUGCUGCUAAUCCACUGUGAUUUUUAUGCAUUUGAAGCACAUUUCAUGUGUUUUCAACCAUAAGUAAAAGUUGAAACUUGAUGGGCUAUGUUUGUCUUCUUCAGAUAGCCUGUUUUUGUUUUGUUUUGUUUUUUGAAUUGAAAAAAAUUGUGGAUAAAAUGUGCUGUUAUACAGAAUUUAGAUGUAUGGUUAUAAUAAUUUCCCCGUAUCUUAAUUAGAAACAUAAAAGUUAACUGUGGGCUGGAGGGAACAUGUGAUGCAACACAGUUACACAACACAUCUUUUGAAAAUCUCCUUUUUCCUAAACAGUUUCAAAGAUUGUAUAUAUUGUUUUGCUUUUUUGUUCAUUCUUAACCCCCCUUUUUUGUAGUUUAAAAAUGGCCUUUCAAAACAGACUUGGAAAAUAGAUAUUGAAAUCUUCAUGCAAGUAUUUUGUAUUUAGACAAAAGUUAAAUGUAAAUUAAAAUUAUUUGAUUUCCCCAUAGAAACUAUGAUUUUGACUAAGCCAUGGUAGCACAUGGCAAGAUAACUGAAAUCUGUCUCCUUUUCCAGAUAAUGUCAACAUUAUGGGUCCUGUUCCAGUGGGAGCUUUUAAAUUAUUAUUUGACCAGCAGAGCUAAAUGUUACCUCACAUUUGUUGCAAAAUUAAGACAUUAUCCAGCCAAAAUUAAGCAAAUUCACAUUCAAUUAAUUUCAUAGGAUGGAUUUUGCACACACUUAAAUUUCUCCUGUAGAAAUUGAUGGGAUUAAUAAGUGCUUUACUUUAAUAGAUCAUAUCUUUUGGUGUUUUUUUAAAUUGUUUAGCAUUCACAUCCCAUCAUUAUAUUCAUUUCAUUAAGUGAGGUGAGAAGAGAAGAAAUUAAAUUUAUCCCUAAAGUUUCUUUUUUUAAAGCCUUGCCUGUUUUACAGUCAAGGAUUUAUUUACUUCAUUGUGGCAUAGUCACCAUAGGAAAUGUUUCAGUGCAUUAUCGGUAUCAUUGCUACUUAGUCUUAUUUGAAACAAGGAAAAGCAGUUCCAUUUAAAAUACUAGGCACAGGAAAAUCCACCGGCUGCUCCUGCACUAGGUUUUCCAGAGGAAGAUAGAUUAACAUAGUUUACACAUUGGACCCAAUCCAGAAGAAGUCAGUUCUGUGGAAAUCAUUGGGAGGUGUUGCAACUAAUUUGAAUCCUGUUGAUAAUAAUUGGACUUAAGCAUAAUUAACUUUCUCUGGAUUCGGCCCGUUAUGAUUUCCGUUCAUGGGACUGCUACUGAACAUUGUACUGUGUAAAGGAAGUAAUGUUGUUUCCUACAAAGGAAAGAUCUAGUUAAUCAAAAAUUUAGCAAGUAGUAAACUGAACUCUGAAACUUCUUGAAAUUAUACAAUUUAGGGGUGUGAUUUUUAGGUUACAAAAUUUAUUUUGUGCCAUUUUCAUGUCUCUCUCCCCCUUUUUUGCUAUCCUCUGAAAGAUAUGGUCAUGAGUAACCUUUUUUAUUUUCCCAUCUAAAAUAAUUGAGUAUGUUUCUAGAAAGAAAAAAAAUGGGUGAUAAAGUUGAAAAAGUCUUCACUUUUGGAUAAUUCUCCAUCGCUUGUUCUACCUUGCCUUUUUUGUGCCCUGAAUGAGUUUAUAAUAUUAAAGUACAGUGCUGCUGCAAGGUGCUGCAAUGGCACUACAUCCUGGAUUGCCUGUAUCAAUAUGCUAAACUUCUAUUUUUAAAAAAAAAUAUUUUUAGAUCAUAGUGUUUAAAAAUAAUGUCAGAGGCAAAGCAUGACUUUUGCUUUGGGAGAUAGAGGUGGUAGUGUCUCUCUUGCCCAGUUAAAAUAGAUUUUGGAAGAGAAAAUAUAUAGAGAGAUGUAUUCUUAAAUUCCUGAGGAAAAUAUGUGUAUGUGUUUCAUUUACUGGCUUUGCCAUUCUGAUAUUUAUGCAAAACCUUCAUUUUGUUUUCUGAUUUUUAUCCCCAAACAAGAUUUCAAAUUUUAUACAUUAAAGGCACAAUAAUAUAUAGUAUGGUACAGUGUUUGAGUAUGAGGAAGCAAGAGGAAAUCCUUUUUAUACAAUAGGAAACAUACUUGAUAGUAUAAAACCCAUGUCAUUUGGCAGGGGAGGGGAUUUCCCCUUCAAAAGUAGAAAAGGACUGUGUGGUGGUGGGUGGAGGAAGUAAUUGUGGCAAAGGUCUAAACCCUGUAAUGUGUGAAGCUAUAAGGGUAUUACAGUUCCAUAUGAGUUAUAUAUUUACAUCUCUAAUGUCUCAGUCAUAUUGGUGUUCUGAGGCAGCAUGAGCAUGCAUGCUGCACUUCUUCUCAUGCCUUCUCCAGUUCAUCUGUAUUGAAAACAGGUUUUCUGAGAUGGUACUUGCAGUGCUGAUUGAUUUGUUUUUCACCCCUUUUCUUGUUGCUGUUGUAGCACAGUGCUACAGGAGCAGCUGCUUUUCUCAAGUUUACAGCUUAGAGAACUUGGGAAAAACAAUGUGCCCUAAUAAAUGGCAACUUAUGGUCAUGUACCCCAGAAAAAAGUAUUAAAUGGGUGGAUCUCCCUUCUUCUCUGUUUAUGCUUCUCACUCCUAGCCCUUCAUUUCACAGCAAGUCCACCUAUUAUCAGUGGGAGCAACAACAGCCAAUGGCAUGCACUUGUUCUCACCCACCCAAGAAUCAAGCAAUGGCAAACAAAAUGGCAGCACAAAUGCACCUUGAAUUAUUCUCAUUUGGGCUGAGCAAGCAUUCUAGCUAGAAAACCCUCCUAGUAGGAGCAGAUAUUUUAUCUCUUGCCGCUAGUAGCCACCUGGAAAAUCUCUGAGGGUGGAUGACUAGACAGCAUUGCCAUACUGAUGCUAACCUUUGUUUCUGUUCUGAAUGGUCCCAAAGCAAGUAACUGAACCUGGCCAGGAGGUGGGGAAACAUUUGAAGUGUAGCACAAUACUAGUAUCUGUACUAGAGAAUCUUUCUGCCCCAAAACUGCAUAGGGCAAUAAAACAGAUUGAACUAUUGGUAGAUGCACUGUGUGUUUCCAGGCUUUAGUUUGGCAUUUGGGGUAAUUGCUAUUUGAGGUGACUUGCACUUACGUAUUACAUAAAAGAGUGAAAACUUUCUGAUUGAAUGAAUCCAUUGAGAAUGCUUUUUUGAAUUGCCUUUCUUCCUCAGUUCUUUGAACUUCAUGGAAAGUUCGUAUCCUGUUGCCACACACAUCUGUGUUAUAUUCAGUCACCUUUUUUGUGCUUUUUAAUCGCUUAUGUGACUGGUCUGCUCGUGUGUUUAGUGUUAUGAAAGAGCUCAUGCAAAGCUUUAUAACAACUUCCAUGAACAUAAUCUGCUUGAAAGCAGAAGCCACUGCUCACAGAAGUUGCUGUUUCAGUGUUGGCUGAGCUACCUCCUCCCACAUUACACUGCUCAUGCCAAUAGAUUACUUAUGGAAGCUCUUAUGCUGUAACAGCAGUUAACACAGUACGUUCUCAGAUGCACAGUUUGUAAUGUUGAAGAAAACGGACACCUCAAGUUAUGGGAGACCUAAAUCCAUCUAGCAACUUGGCAUUUCUUAUAACCUUACAAAGUGAUUUCCUCAGGUUCUGUUCUGUUCUGUAAACAAACUGCAUUGAUUACAUAUUGACAUUUUUGUGCUAUUGAAACACCAGCAGAAAUAACGUGACUUCUUAAUGCUAUUGUAGAUUGUGAGAAAAAUAAUGGUAUAAAUUAGAAUGUUACAAAGUUUGCAAUGAAAAGAAGACAAGCUAAGGGUUGUAUUCAACUAAGUGUUAGACCCAUUGAAGUUAAUGUCCAUGACUAACUUAGAUUCAUUCAUUUCAGUGGGUUUACUCUGUGUAGGACCUAGUUGAAUACAACCCAAAGUUUCUCUCAGAAUGCAGUUUCUGUAUAGAAAGCCAACAGUAAGCCUAUAUAAUAGGAACACAGGAAGCUGCCUUAUACUGGUCCAUCUUGCUUAGUAUUGUUGACACCAAGUAGCAGGAGCUCUCCAGGAUUUCAGUCAGGGGUCUCUUCCAGCCCUACCUGGAGAUGCCAGGCAUUGAAACUGGGACCUUCUGCAUGCAAAGUGGAUGCUCUGCCAUGGAGCUAAGGUUCUUUUCCAUUGCAGUGUGCCACUUUAAAACAAAACUAUAUAUUUUGGUGUUCAGAAGGCAAUAAUUGUAUUUUAUUAGUCCACCAGAUAAGUUUAGAGAAAACAAGUUUGAAUUGCAGCAGCAGUUUCUGAGCUUACAAGGAUAAAGGGCUUUGGCUAGAAUCCAGUGUAAGAAACAAAGAGAAUAACUCAGACUGAGGAUCACACACAGAUAGACAAUAGGAUCCCAAAGCCUCUGCCAAUGCAAGCAGACUCCCAACAGAAUGAGUAUGUGGUGCAGCUGGCAGUCUGACACCUGCAUACUUCAUGUUGGUUGCAGUCCCAGCAGAGGCCCUCUGUAGCAAGUGGAUCCAACCCCUUCCUGCUCCUCCCUCCUAAGAUAUGGUCCAAUAAACCUGAGACAUCUGGAAGCCCCCGCUCUUAAGACUAGGAUGCCUCCUGUGACCAUACAUGCUGAAGCAGACAGCUGUGUACCUGUGCUGCUGUUCCUUCAGGCAGACGGGCUGGACCAUGCUUUAAACUAUUCUAUCUCAUUGCAGUUCUGUGCUUUCAACAAUAAAGGGAAUUUUAAGAUUAGCUUAUGAGCCUUUAAUUGAUUUCUUUUACAGCGAACACAUCUGACAGUGCUGCCUUUAAUAGACUAUGAAAUAAAUUAAGACUAUAGAAAUAUAGCUUACAUUCAUUUUUUCACACAUCUGUAUGUAAUAUGUGGAGCACCAGUUCUGGUAUAUCAGUCCAUGGGCAGUUGGCAGGUUUCCAUUCUCCAGUGCUUUACAUCUGGUUUGUGAUCAUAGUACCAAAGUCUCUUUCCAAAUUUUGUUUUGUUUUUUCCUAGUUGUUUAUGGCCUGCCCCUUACACUUUUUGUUCUACAUCUUCCUUAGACAACCACACACUCAGUCAAUAAAUGUUCUCACAGACCCAGUGCUGAAGUGCAUUUACAUGAAACCACCUAAGACCACCUUAUAAUCUCUGUGAUCUUUUUUGUUUUAAUUUCAAACACUGGACACAGUGUCUUAGAGGAGUUCCUUGAUCAGCUGCAAAGCAAGGUUUUUUUGUAUUCCCAAGGAUCACUGUUUUAGGUUAGUAGCAGAACUUGUAAAAGUACCAUAGUAUAGCUGCAAGAGAUGUUUGCCCAAAGUCCAGCUCUCUCUUGGGAAUAUAAUAUUAUUCCAACCACCACCACCUCUCAGAGAGAAAAUGUCCUGAUGUAUCUUGGAAUUAGGAAAAGCAGUGGUGCAGCCCUGAACCCAUUACACAGCAUGAGUAGGAGCAGCAAAAGAAGGAAGAUAGUGGCUGCCCCUCCCAAAAUGGUCUCUUCCAGAUUGGACUGUUGUGGGAAAAGAAGGAAAGGCAGGCUCAAGUGGCUAGUGACAGUGAGGGUCAGAGCAUUUUUAAAAUAUAGUUAUGUAGAAGGGAAAUCUUAACAAGACCGAGUAUGCAGAUGAAGCUUGGAAGUAUUUUCCGCAAUAAGGUUUGAGUUAGUUCCACAUUUUAUAAUUCUAGGCAAGUGAUCCUUGGAAAGGGAGGGAUUUAAACCAGAACUUAUCCCAGCAUUCUGUUGUCAGGAGAUCAAGUUGAGCAAACCCAGGGGGAUUUGUUUUCUAAAUCCCCAGAUAUAUUUAAUACUCAUGUCAAGGUGCUUAUCUCCAUAUGAACUCUUACUGUUGAAUUUCGCAAAAACUGUUUUUGUUUUGUGCAAAUGCAUUUCUUAAUAUGUAAAUAUUGGAACUGUUAAGUGAAACCAAAAUACCAGCAAUAUACUGACUGUGAAUUCCAGCAAGGAAGGGUCUUCAGCUACAUAAGUUUGAAAUUUUAAGCUAAAAUAUGGUCACAUCAGCAAUUGCUAAUACUGUAUCUUUGAAUACUUUAAAAAUUAUAUGAAAGAGGUGUUCUUUAAAAAGAAGGGAUAGUUCUUAAAACAACAAAAUACUGUAGAGUUUGAUGUAUUUGGAGAAUGGUCCAAACUCUUUAUGCCAAUAAUACAAUGGGGGGAGAAAUUCUUAUAGAAUUUUGUAUUAUUACAUAUUGGAUUAAAUAAUUUUUAUAGUGGUAAUGGAGUGCCAUGAAAUUAAUAUUUAAAAUCCAGAUUGCUGUAGUUUACACUUUUCUGUAUGUUUCCAACUGCGUGUGCAUUAUUUGUACUAAGCACACAACAGAAUGAAUUAUCCAAAGUCCAUUGAUUUUAAAUGUGUUUUGGUUUGUUAAAAAGAUU